AUGGGCAUCAGUCGCAACUUGUUGUUGGGUACCAGCCAAAAGGAUGUGACUUGCGAAACUUGUGCAAAGAAUCUGUCGGAAUGCAUUGGUCAUUAUGGAUACUUGGAUCUUGCAAAACCUGUUUAUCAUGUCGGAUACUUUAAAAAUACCAUACAUAUACUUCAGAAUAUUUGUAAGACAUGUGCUCAUGUCUUAUUGAAACCGAAGGAUAAGUCACAACUCUGUGAACAAGCAAAGAGAACAGUGUCAUAUUUACAGAAGAAGGCUCUCUACAAACGUAUUAAUGAACUCUGCAAGAAAAUGUCUCUCUGCCCAUAUUGUAAUGCUCAAAAUGGUGUUGUGAAAAAGCUCCCACCUUUGAAAAUUGUUCAUGAGAAAUUCAGGUCUGUCAAGAAAGGAGAUCCAAUGAUAACUGAUUAUUUUUCUCAGUUUGAUACUGCUUUAGAAUACAACAAGGACCUUGAAUCUCAGUUAUCAGCAACUGUUGUGGAGUUUCUCAACCCUAGUCAAGUUCUAGAUCUUUUUGAAAGGAUUCCUCUUGUGGAUCUUCCACUACUGUGCAUGGAUCAGCGUUUUUCUCAUCCUAAAGAUUUGAUUCUAACAAGAUUGUUGGUACCUCCGAAUUGCAUACGUCCAUCAGUGAUAUCAGAAUUAAAAGCAGGAACAAAUGAAGACGACAUUACAGUUAUGUUAGCAGAAAUUGUAUUUUUGAGCAAUAUUUUGAAUAAGCGCAGUGCUGGAAAGGUACAAAGCAUCCAAGAUUCAUGGGAAGCGUUACAGCUCCACGUUGCAUUCCUGAUAAACUCUGAAAUAUCUGUGCCUCAUGACUUAUCCAUGGCCAAAAAGAAUUCCCGGGGUUUUGUCCAGAGACUGAAAGGAAAGCAGGGACGUUUCAGAGGAAAUUUAUCUGGAAAGCGAGUAGAUUUCUCUAGUCGAACUGUGAUAUCUCCUGACCCAAAUCUCAGGAUCAAUGAGGUUGGUGUUCCUGUGGAAGUGGCAAAGCUUCUUUCAUACCCUGAGAAAAUAACAGCUCAUAAUAUUGCCUUAAUGAGACAGUUAGUGAAGAAUGGGCCUGAUGUUCAUCCUGGUGCAUUAUUUGUUGAACAACGCUCAACACCAGGGACAAAAAAGUCUAUGAGAUAUGUAAACAGAGAGAGAAUGGCAGCAGAGCUAAAGCAAGGGGAUAUUGUUGAAAGGCACUUGAUGGAUGGUGAUAUUGUUUUAUAUAAUAGACAACCAUCUCUUCACAAAAUGAGUAUCAUGUCACACAGAGUACGUGUUUUACCGUGGCGAACAUUCAGAUUUAAUGAAUGUGUCUGUACUCCAUACAAUGCUGAUUUUGAUGGUGAUGAGAUGAACUUGCACGUUCCUCAGACAGAAGAAGCACGUGCUGAGGCUUUAGUUCUGAUGGGGGUUACAUCAAAUUUGGUAACGCCACGACAUGGAGCUCUUAUUAUUGGUGCCACCCAGGAUUUCCUCACUGGUUCAUACUUGUUAACACAGAAAGAUCAGUUUUUCGACAAAGAACACACCUGUGCUCUUAUCACGUCAAUCUUGGCAGGGAAGGAGACCACUUACAAGAUAGAUCUCCCCCCUCCAGCAAUAAUGAAGCCUCAGCAGUUGUGGACUGGGAAACAAAUAUUCAGUUUGAUAAUUCGACCAAACCAGAAGUUUCCAGUUCAGUGUAAUUUAACAACUAAACGCAAAGAUUACACCCACGGUGAGGAAUUGUGCUCCAAUGAGGCUUGGGUCAUAAUACGUAAUUCUGAACUUCUAGCAGGAGCCCUUGAUAAGUCACUUUUGGGCUCUGGUUCAAAGAAAAACAUAUUUUAUGUUAUCAAGAAGGAUUAUGGUGAUAUUUAUGCAGCUGAUGCUAUGUGGAGAGUUGCAAGGCUCUCUACCCUAUAUUUGAUGAAUCAAGGGUUUUCAAUUGGCAUUGGAGAUGUCAUGCCAGGAACUGGUUUGUUAACUAGGAAACAAGAGCUUCUUGAUGAUGGGUAUGGUAAGUGUGAUGAAUUCAUUAGUCAGUUGAAGGAAGGCACCUUGCAUUGUCAACCUGGUUGUACAGCUGAAGAAACACUGGAGCAGUUGAUCUUGAAAGAGCUCAGCACAAUUCGUGACAAAGCAGGAAAAGCUUGUGUCAUGGAAUUGCACAAGACUAAUGCAGCCCUUAUUAUGGCCAUCUCUGGUUCAAAAGGAUCUUUUAUCAAUAUUUCUCAGAUGAUUGCUUGCGUUGGUCAGCAAGCUAUUGGUGGCAAAAGAGUACCUAAUGGUUUUGAAGACAGGGCUCUACCCCAUUAUGAGAGGCAUUCAAAAAUACCAGCAGCCAAAGGAUUUGUCAGCAAUAGCUUUUUCUCUGGAAUGACACCAACAGAGUUUAUUUUUCACACCAUGGCUGGUCGUGAAGGCUUAGUUGACACAGCUGUGAAAACUUCAGAGACAGGCUACAUGCAAAGACGUCUUGUUAAAUCUUUAGAAGAUUUGUAUGUAGCCUAUGAUAUGACUGUUCGUAAUUCAACGCAAGAUAUAAUUCAGUUCAAAUAUGGAGGUGAUGGACUUGAUCCCACUGAAAUGGAAGGUUCUGUAGGUCCUAUAGACCUAGAACGUCUUUUAGAUCAUAUUCGUGCCAAAUCACCAUGCUCUGCAGAAGAUCCUCUCACUGGAAGCGAAAUCCUUCAGCUGGCGGACAAAUAUUUGGCUGAGGAUUUAUUUAAGGAGUUGUCUCCUGAGUUCAAAAAGGAAUUAAAGAACUUUAUGGAAAAGUUCUCAAAGCGAGUUGAUAAGAUUCGGUCCCGUUUGAGUAGGAGCAAGAAUCGUAAAAUUUUGCCAGUUGAACGUCAUUUAGAACGCCUGAGCUUCACCCAGUUGAUAAAUUUUCUAAAUGCUUGCCUUGAUAGAUAUCAGGGGGCUGUAAUGGAACCAGGUACUGCUGUUGGAGCUUUGUGUGCCCAGAGUAUUGGUGAACCUGGUACCCAAAUGACACUGAAAACUUUCCAUUUUGCUGGUGUUGCUGCUAUGAAUAUCACACUUGGUGUUCCAAGAAUCUUGGAAAUUAUUAAUGCAUCGCGAAGCAUAUCAACUCCCAUUAUCACAGCAAAGCUGAAGUGUGAUACAGAUCCUGAGAAAGCACGUCAAGUGAAGGGACGAAUUGAGAAAACUCUUCUAGGAGAAGUCUGUGAAUAUGUUGAGGAGGUCUUUUUGCCAGAUGACUGUUUUCUUUUGUUGAAGCUCGCUAUGGAUCGUAUUAGAUUACUGAAGGUGGAAGUAGAUGCUCAUUCAAUAAAAUAUGCAAUAUGCACUUCCAAGCUAAAGAUCAAAGAAAGUGAUGUAUGUGUUGAAUCUGAUACUAUUAUCACUGUUAGACCAUCAAGAACCAAAGCAUCUGCAAUGUAUUAUCAGCUGCAACAUCUUAAGCAGCACAUCACAAAAGUUAUCAUUAAAGGAUUGCCGUCUGUAAAUCGUGCUGUCAUUAACCAGAUAGACAGUGGUUCCGGGGGGGCUCGUUAUGAACUCUUGGUGGAAGGAGAUAACCUUCAGGAAGUCAUUGCCACAUAUGGUGUUGAGGGUACAAGGUGCACAUCCAACAACACAUACGAGGUAUUCUCAUGUCUUGGAAUUGAAGCUGCCAGGGCCACAGUUAUAAAGGAGAUAACAGCAACCAUGGAGAACCAUGGACUGAGUGUUGACCAUCGUCAUGUAAUGCUGCUCGCAGAUUUAAUGACUUGCAGAGGCCAGGUUUUAGGCAUCACACGUCAUGGACUUUCAAAAAUGAAGGAAUCAGUUCUCAUGCUGGCUUCGUUUGAGAGAACAGCCGACCACCUGUUUGAUGCAGCCUACCAUGGUCAAAGUAACCCUAUCAAAGGUGUUAGUGAUUGCAUCAUCAUGGGAAAGCCAAUGAACAUAGGGACAGGGGUAUUUAAACUGUUACAUAAACAUACCAGAGAUGCAAAGUUGAAAUCUCGAAGUCUUGUUUUUGACCAUCCAGAAAUGCACAUUCCUGCUAUAAAUAGAGGGUGGCCGUAAGUCUGAUGGGAAUGAAAAUUUGUUACUGUGUUUUGUGCAUAAUUUUUUUAGGUGUUGAAAUUGAAAAUUUUUUAUUUAUUUCAUAAUAGUAUAUAUUACUGUUUAAGUGGAAAAAAAAACUUGAAUUCUUGGUUUACAAUUUCAGUAUUGUAAUAAAAGUGAAUAGAAGUUUC